AAUAGAGCCAGAUAGAGCCAGUAUGAAUGCAAUUUGUUGGGACGUGGGGGGACAUGGGAUUGCAAGGGGGAAGUUGUGGAUUCAUUGUCUUUCCCAUGCGUUUUUUGGCACAAAUAUCAGCGAAACCGCCCAACACCACACGUGCACUAGCCGACCGACAUGAUGGCUAAAGAAUUCUGGGCGAUUGAUGAAACCCUGUUGUUGCUCAUCAUUGUCUGUGCAGCAGCUGGGACGCUGCUGUGGAUGUUCAACCAGAUUAAGUUGAUGAUUGGAUGUGCGCAAGCCAAGCAAGUAGCUGAUGAUCUACUGGCUGCGCAACAAGAGAUCUUGGAUCUACGUGAACAAGUGGCCAACUUGCAGUCGGACCUCAAACUUGAGAAGGAACGCUGUUUGCGCCUUGAAGCCUUCAUUGAUGGUGAGGCUCCAACGAGACCAAGUUCAGAUCCAAAUCCUUCUGUCCAUUCAAUUCGUCCACAGCACGUGUAUUUUGCACCUAAAUAUGGUCACUGUUGGCACGCUGAUCGAAAUUGCCAGCAUUUGCGCCGAGGGGCUGUUGCGCAACUAGUACCUUGUUCUAGGUGUGCACCACGCCACUUCUAAAUUAAUGUGCGCUGCAGCCAGUACAUUAUUAUAGCACCUACCAACUUUUGCGCGCGAAGGAAAACAGCAGAGCAUGAAGAGGUGUCUGAUGGCAGGAAGGGUUGUUGAGGG